AUGGUUACCAUGUCCAUACAUCUCGCCGAGGAAUCUCUUGAAGGUGCCUCUGGAUCUGAGCUGCGGCAACUUCUGUCUUCCGUCGCCGCCGCGGGCGAUUCCAACGCAACUGUCGCCGUCGUCAUGGGCGACACCGCUGGCGACGUGCCUGCUCUUGCUGAUUGCGACGAAGUUCGUCGUUUGCCGCUCUCCAUCCCCGCAACUUACGAGGCCAACAAGGGAGGCGCUGACGUGUUGGAUGCGUCCGGUUCGAGCAAACUGGGCGUCGGGAAAUCUGAAGCGGUUGAUUCGAUUGUGAAUGCUCCAGAAGCGCGCGAUGCUACUGUCUCUCUGUUUGGUAUCAAGUCCCCUUUUUCCGGCUCCCCGCUUCCCUCCUUCCGCUUUCCCCCUUCUCGUUCCCCCUUUACCGUUCCCCCCGAUUCCCUCCCCCAUUUCGUCGCUCACAACGCGUUCCGGCUUCCCCCCUUCGCCCGUUCGGCGCUCCCUCCGCUUCACCGAUUCCCCGCCUCCCCGCUUCACCGAUUCCCCGCCUCCCCGCUUCACCGAUUCCCGCCUCCCCGCUGCCCGUUCCCUCGUUCACCGUUCUUCCCGCUUCCCGUCUCCCCCGCCCUCCCGUCUCCCCCGCCCUCCCCGCGCCCGUUGCCCCGCUUGAACGCGGUGUCGGCGCAGCAGGCAAGAGAGCGGCGGAAGCAGUACCUCUUGGAAUUGGAGGGGCGGGUCUCUCAGCUGGACCAGCGGAACGCUGAGCUAAAAGAAACACUUAGCACCUUGCAGCGGGAGAAUUUCAUGCUGAGACAGGUGGCUCGGAACACGGCUCAAGCAGCAGACGCCCCACCAAGCCAUUGA